UACACCUAUAAUUAGGGAUUACAAUAGGUUGCACUGUCACCCUUUUGUCAUUUAUCAUAUAUCAAUCAUCCAUCCAUUAAAUUUUUUAAUUCCAAAUCAUUUGUGAGAAAAAAUAUUACAAAAAUAAUACAACUUAUAUGAACAUGGAGGAGUUCGGCUACACAGAAGAGAAGCCUCAUGUAUCAGAGAAGAAAUGCUGUAGUGCCAAUGUUAAACGAUCAAUGGAAGAUAAGAGAAAACAAUUCGUAUCAGAUAUAAUACGAGAUGUUGAAGGACGAAAAAUAUAUUCACCUAUCAUGGAAAACUCUCCUGUGGUAAGCCCUUUCAGUAGAAUUAAUAGUGUACAUCCCGCUGUGGAAAAAUGGUUUAGAGCAAUGGAGACAAAACAUGAAGGGCAGAUAUCCUCUAAAGAAUUGCAACAAGCUUUCGAAAUAUUUCAAGGCAAACAUUUUUCUGAUGCUGCUUGCAAAUUUGUAGUGAGGUGUUAUGUAGAAGCUGUUCCAUGGCGGCCCAGACAAAAAAGUCCAGAGGUGUCAGAGCAGGUGAUCUUGCUGACCAAGGGACUGGACCACCUCUACCUAUCCACCUGUUGUUGUAGAUCUGAUCUAGAAAAGCCCUUAAAGCACGAGCGAAAUGCGCUUGACUGCCAUCGUGCUGGAGUUCUCUCCACAACUAGAGAGACACAUCUUCCAUUAGGCCCGUCAGAACAUCUCUCAAAAAUACUAAGUAACUAUUACCGGUAAGGUAAUCUGGUAGAACGUAUGGCCCAAUUAAGUGGUCGCCAAGACUACCUGCCUAAACAUUAAUAUAAAAUUUCUGCUGAUACCCUCUGAUGUGUUUAGAGUGGGGGUUUUGAUCGCUCCCCUCGUGGUUAUUGCGAGGAUUAAAUGACUUCUGGAAAUAAUUUUUUGUCACUUGCAAGGAUUAAACCUGGAAAAUUGACAUUUUGUUUUGUUUGACGGAGAAACCAUCUCAAGACGACGAGGAGCAUCUCCAGGAAUAAGAUGCCGCACCUUUUGCAGUUUAAAUGGAUGAAGAUUAUGGCUUUGUAGGACACUGUGCAUGGUGUUUUUGGCACAACCAGCUGCAUUUCCUUGCACUUCUCCAUACAGAAAAUGCAUAUUUGUAAGCUCAUCCAAUCCAAGACGAUUGAUUUUUACCAGUUUUCUUUUAAAACAGAGACAAAUAAUUAAUUAAUUUUUUA